AUGGCCCUCAGCUUGGAGAAGCCGGACCUCGCGAUCAUGGUCGAGAUCAUGAAAGGCGCGUGCUGCCUCUCCGUCGUGGAGGAGUACUUCGAGCUCUUCAAGUAUAACAUUCGCCUGUGUGGGAUGACGGAGGAGGAACGCGUCGCGGAAAAGUCGAGGUCCAACCCGAACGCGCCCGGGUGGAUGCCGUCGCAGACGAAGCUGGAGGCGAUCGCGGAGGCGGCGCGGGGGGCGCCGAUAGAGAACAAGGCGGAUCCCUCGGAGAAGGAGGAGGAGGACGAGGCGGACGACGAGAAGGCGGACGACGAGAAGGCGGAGGCGGCGGCGGAAGAGAAGCCCGCCGAGGAAGAGACGGAGACGCCGAAGAAGGACGAGUGA